CUCAACUCCAACCCAUCAACUAGCCUUGAACAGAUUCCAUACCUUUCUUACUUUGAAUUUCUUUCAUAACUACUCUCUUCAUCUCAUCCUAACUUGAAAAAAAGUUCAGAAAAUGGCCAUUCGUCAGAUUCUAAGACGGUCUUUGUCCAAUGAAAGAAGGUCGGCUGAAGUUCCAAAAGGGCAUGUUGCCGUCUAUGUUGGUCAUAAUGAAAAGAAGCGCUUUGUGGUUCCAGUUUCGUACUUGAACCAUCCUUCGUUUCAAGAAUUGCUCUUUCAAGCCGAGGAAGAAUUUGGGUUCAAUCACCCCAUGGGUGGCCUCACUAUCCCUUGCAGCGAGGACUUAUUUGUAGAUUUCAUCUCUGGUUUGAGCACAAGAUGAUUUGUAGCAAUAGUGUUUUAGGAGUAGAAUUUUGUAGAUUAGAAAAUGUAUCCUCUGAGAAUACAUUAGAAUGUACACAAAACAUAUUAUUGAGAAACUGUGGUUUCCUUAAUUCUUA